UCCUGGGCUCAAAUGUCAUCGAUGGCAGGCAGAUGCUGUGUGGGGAGCAAUAAUCAUAACAGUAUUUCGGUGAUUUCGGUUUGGCUUUCCUUUCGAAAGGGGAGGGCGAAACCACAAUCAAACGAUUACGAAUUGAUCGGAAGCCGAUAGGAUUCGGAAGAGGGGAACAAUUUGCAAACCCGCCUCCGAAUGGGCUGUUAGAUGUCGAGAUUGGGUGUGAUUUACUUCAUUUGCUGCGUAAUCCGAGAUUGGAGUGCAGCGUCUUUUGACGUUUCUAGCUUUUUAUAGCAACUGAAGAAUCUUCGGUGCGAGCGCCAUUAUGGCGUUUUGACAGUUCUGAGUUUUUAUGGCUUCUCUGACGUUUCAGGCCAGCCUAAACAAAUGAGACAGUUCAGAGAUUUGGAAGGAUUUGCCGAAGCUUCCGGCCAAGUGGGGUGAACAGUACGAUUUGAAACUGGAGCGGGAUUGUGGCGUUCAGGAUGAAUUCGUGCCAAUUAUCACGAUGCCCAAGGAAAUGGUUGGGGAUUUGUUCGCUAAACAGCAACCGCUGGAGGAGCAAUCUAAGGGACUUUUGGGCAAAGGUAGAACUUGGUUGAAGAAUUUCGUGUCGACGACAAUGAGUGGGAUUAAGGAGAAGCUAGAAGAAGCAACUGGUAAGGUUAAAAGUAUGAUAAGUGAUUUUCAAAAGAAGAAGACGGAUGCUGUCAAAAACGUUAAAGAGAAAUUAGACAGUAAAACGGAUGAAAUCGAAACUAGCUUGAAAGAAGCUUCGAAAAAAGUUAGUUGUGAGAAAACUGCAAACAAAUGUGUUCAGAAUGCUAAAGGAACGUUUGAAGAAUAUCAAGAGAGCUUGCAGCAAGCAAUGAAUCCAUGCUUGAAUGAGAUGAAGGAUGCUAUAAAAGGUCAUGAAAGCAGAAUUGACUUAGCGAAAAGAGAAGUGAACGAUCUUCUGAGUCAGCUGAAGAACUGUACCGAAGGUAAUCCAACUUCCGGUGGAGUAAAGGAAAGAAUCGGUGCGGUAUUUGGAACAAUCCAAUGUGCAACAAAAACGCUAGCUAAUCAGAUUAAGAACCAACUGGGAACUGCACUGAAAAAACUGGCGGAUGCGGUCAAAAGCGCUGGAACGCUGAAAAAAGAGGUUGACGGUGCCAACAAAUGUAUCGAUGAACCUCCAAAACACGAUCAAGUUGAGAAACAACAAGCCAAACUUGUUGGAUUGUUGGGUCAGUGUAAAUAAGCGUGUAAAUUAAAACAAAAAACUUUGAAGAUUACAAUCAUUAAAAUAUU